AGAAACGAAUUUUGCAUCGAAAACGAUACAAAAACAAUUAAUUUAUUUCUUCACACAAUAAAUAAAAUAAAUAAAGGUGAUUCUUGCGGCUUAGAAGCGUUGACAUCUGAAAGUGAGGUUUGGUAAUGUGACACUCGAAAUUCAAUUUUAUACUAGUGGUAAAUGAAACGAACAGAAAUUUGGAUCAAAAUCAAUACAAAAUUAAUUAAUUUAUUUUUUCACAAUAAAUAAAACCGAUCAUUGCGUCACAAAACCGUUGACAUUGACAUGUAAAAGUCAGGUUAUGUAAUGUUACACUCAAAAUUCAAAUUUAUACCUUUGGUAAAUAAAAACAACACAAAUUUGAAUCGAAAACAACAUAAAAAUAAUUAAUUCGUAUUUUCACAAUAAAUAAAAUAAUUAAAUGCGAGCUUUGGGUCACAAAACCGUUGAUAUCUAAAAGUGAGGUUAUGUAAUGUUACGCUCGAAAUUCAAAUUUACCCUUUUGGUAAACAAAAAAGCAAGAAUUUCACAACAGUUUUGUUGAAUUAAGGGCUCCGAUGUCAGACCCCCCUUAUGAGAAGCCCUUCGCGGUGGAAAUCGCCAAGCAGGGGCGCGCCUUUUGCAAAAAAUGCCGCCAAAGGUGUGUUCAAGGCGACUUGCGCAUCGCUAAACUAAUCCCGAACCCUUUGGGUUCCGGUAAAAUGAAAUCCUGGUACCACGUCGCUUGCAUCUUUGAAACGUUUCUAAAACAAAGACAAACCACUAAAAGAAUCGAGGGCCCCCACGAUAUCGACGGUUGGGAGUCACUCGACCCUGACGACAAAGUAAAUAUCUUGGAGAGAAUCUCCGCAUGUAAUCGGGAAUUUGAAGCAAAGUUUAGUAAAGCAAGAAGGGGGAAACGGGGCUGUAGGGCGCCCCCACAAGUCGACGACAACCUCAGCGUCUUAUCAGACGGUUUCGCGAACGAGGGGGUGCACAAAGACAAUUGUUUUCGCGAAUUUCGCACAAUUGUCGCGAAAGUCUCAAACGUCUCAAGUUCGGAGGAGAAAAUCGCGAUUUUCCGCGAGACUUUCACGAAAGGGAGCGACGGGGGCGGUUUCAAGGGGGAUAUCACACUCUGGUGCAAACUGCUCCUCCCGACUGUCAUGAAACGGGUUUUUCACUUACAAACCAAACAAUUAAUUAAAAUAUUUAGCAAGAUUUUUGGGGUUAGUGAUGAGGCCAUGACGGGGCACCUAGAACAGGGCGAUGUGGGGCAAACCAUCCAGCAUUUUUUCGAAGACAACUCCGAAUGCAAACCGGCGAAAAAAAGCACUUUGAGCAUCUUCGAAGUGGACGAUUUCCUCGAAUCUUUAACCACAAUUUCCAAAGAGGAGGACCAAUGCAAAGUCUUCAAGACUUUCAUCAAAAAAUGCACCGGUAAUGACCUGAAAGUGGUCGUGAGACUCAUCAAGCACGACUUGAGGAUGAACGCGGGGGCGAAGCAUGUCUUCAAGGGGCUGCAUCCGGACGCGUAUUUGGUCUUCCAGUCGUGCAGAGACAUCAAAACUGUGCUUAACAAGUGUUGGGGGGAGCCCCCCGCCAAGAAACGGGUUAAAACCAAACGUAUUCCGAAUUAUUUCGAAAAUGUUAGGUUGUUCUUGGAGGAGGGGGUGAAGGAGAGACAUGCCGAAUGGGUGCAGUAUUUCAUCGCCUAUGGGGGGAGUGUCCUCACAGGGGGCGAAGGUGAAGAAGCCACUCAUAUUUUGCAUUUGAAAGACACCAUUUCGGAGCCCACGAUUCAGUGUGGCAACAGUGCAAAACAUGUUAUUGUUGAGUGGAUCAAGGAUACCGUGGCGAAGGAGAAUUUGCAGGAUUAUAGGCCCUAUACAGUACGGUGGGAUCCUUGUCACAAGGAUUAAUGUUUUUUUAAUAAAACAAUAAAAUUUCGCAUUGUUUAUAAAUGUGAAAAAUAAUAAAAAUAUAUCGUGGGUUUUAAUCCAAUUAAGUUUUAAAACCCGAA